ACGACAUUGUAGAAUUUAAAUUCGAUUAUCGAUUGUUAUCGAAACAUUCGAGAACAAUGUUAGAGAAAAACAAUGACGAUUCAAGUAGUUCUGAAGAUGAAAUAUCAACAAAUGCAAUAAAAGAAGCAACUGAUCAUCAACUUCUAAAAGAACACUAUUUUUCUAAUGAAAAAUUUAAAAACACAGAUGUUUCUAAAAAACCAAAUGAAUGUAAUUCAAUAGAAAUUAAUACAAAUCCCAUAUCAUUAAGAAAAAAAUUAGAACAUGAAGAUACAUUUUCCAAUUUUGGCGUAACUCCAACAUUUCAAAAUUAUGUUGCAAAAAAAUUAGAUGAAAUGCUAGAAAAAUCCAUUAAAAUAAAGAAGAAAACAACAGACAAUAUUAUAAAUGAAAAAGAUAAUGAAAGUAAUAAUUAUGGUAUAAAAUUGCUCAAUUCUUCAUCAGAGUUUUUAACACUUGAAGAAGAUCUUACAAAGUUUCAAAAGAAAAGAAAAAUGGAAACAAAUAUAGAUGAAAAAGCAAAUUUAUUAAAAUGCAAAGAAGUGGCCGUAGAUCCUGAACAUAUAUUAUCAAAAAUAGAUACUAAAGCUUGGACAAACAAACGAAAAGAAAUUGAAUUCAAUUAUAAAAAACUGAAAAAUGGUACUUUAGUCGAAAAACCUAACAAUAGGUUAGGUUCGUGAUACUAUUAUUUAUAAAUUAAUUUGUAAUGCAUAUAUAUAAAUAAAUGAAUUUAUAUAUAAAUCUUAAA